CCAGAUUGUCCAGUUUGCCUUCAACCCUGUAUACAUCCAGUACAGUUACCCUGUCGACAUAUCUUCUGUUUCCUUUGUGUAAAAGGUGUGGCCAACAGAAGCCGUAAAUGUGCUCUGUGUAGACAGAUUAUACCUCCAGAUUUCUUCUUACAUCCUACUCUGUUACGUAAAGAAGAUUUGGAACAUACUGUCUUGUUUGAUGAUGCUUAUCAAUGGUUCUAUGAAGGUGCCAAUGGUUGGUGGCAAUAUGAUGAUAGAACCAGUAUCGAUAUUGAAACUCAUUUCAAAAAGAAAGACAAAGCUUUUGAACUUUUAAUAGCUGGAUUUAUGUAUAUUAUAGACUUUGAAAAUAUGAUCCAGUGUCGACGAAAUGAUCGAACAAAGAAGCGUAGAAUUAAGCGAGAUCUAGUCACAAUGCCAAAUAAAAAAGGUAUAGCUGGGUUGAAGAUUGGAAAC